AUGAAUAAUCAGCCGCAGGGUACCAACAGCGUUCCGAAUAGUAUUGGCAAUAUAUUCAGCAACAUUGGAACUCCAUCUUUUAAUAUGGCGCAAAUUCCACAACAGCUGUACCAGAGUCUCACACCACAACAAUUGCAGAUGAUUCAGCAACGACACCAGCAGUUACUGAUGAGUCGCCUACAACAACACCAACAACAAUCACAACAACAAAAUUCACCGCCGUCGCAAACGCAUCAAUCACCACCUCCACCCCCUCCUGCUCCACAACAAUCUCAGCCCAUGGCUAAUCAAUCAGCGACUUCUACACCUCCCGCUCCAGCACCACAUAAUAUACAUCCCCAAAUCAGCCAAAUGCCUUUGGCUCCAGCACCUAUCAAUUUACCCCCACAAAUUGCUCAGUUGCCUCUGGCCACACAACAACAAGUUUUGAAUAAAUUGAGACAACAGGCCAUAGCAAAAAAUAAUCCGCAGGUUGUAAAUGCAAUCACAGUUGCACAGCAACAAGUGCAACGCCAAAUUGAGCAGCAGAGGGGGCAACAAACGGCUCAAACUCAGCUAGAACAACAGAGGCAACUGUUGGUUCAACAGCAACAGCAGCAGCAACUUAGAAACCAAAUGCAACGGCAACAGCAGCAACAGUUUAGGCAUCAAGUGCAAAUACAACAACAGCAGCAGAAGCAGCAGCAACAACAACAACAACAGCAACAGCAACAGCAACAGCAACAGCAACAGCAACAGCAACAAGGAAUACCCCAAGCCCAGCAGGUUCCUCCAGUUAGAUCCAUGAGUGAUCAACCCCCAACCAAUGUUCAGUCAACUGUUGGCCAACUUCCUCAACUUCCUAAAUUGAACUUGCCCAAGUUCCAAACCAUUCAGUACGAUCCGCCAGAAACCAAACUACCAUACCCAACCUAUUGGUCAGACAAAGAAGCAGACACUGAUACUUUGUUAUACGAACAAAUUAUUCAGCGUGACAAAAUUAACAAGUUCUCGUUAGUAAGAGAAACUAAUGGUUACGAUCCGUUUAGUAUUUAUGGUUUUAGUAAUAAAGAGUAUAUUAGUAGACUGUGGCAUACGCUGAAAUAUUAUCAAGAUUUGAAGAACACUAGAAUGAAAUCUAUCACAAGCACAUCUCAGAAGAUUCCAUCAGCGAGUAUAUGGGGAAAUGGUUAUUCAGGAUAUGGUAAUGGGAUUACAAAUACAACCACAAGAGUUAUUCCACAAGUAGAAGUUGGUAAUAGAAAGCAUUACCUUGAAGAUAAGUUGAAAGUCUAUAAACAAGCCAUGAAUGAAACGUCAGAGCAAUUAGUUCCUAUAAGAUUGGAGUUCGACCAAGACCGUGACAGAUUCUUUCUAAGAGACACUUUGUUAUGGAACAAGAAUGACAAGUUAAUCAAAAUUGAAGACUUUGUGGAUGAUAUGUUACGAGAUUACCGAUUUGAGGACGCUACCAGGGAGCAACAUAUUGAUACUAUAUGUCAAUCUAUACAGGAACAAAUCCAAGAGUUUCAAGGAAAUCCAUACAUAGAGUUGAAUCAGGACCGCCUGGGUGGUGACGACUUGAGGAUUAGAAUCAAGCUGGAUAUUGUCGUGGGACAAAACCAGCUGAUCGAUCAGUUUGAGUGGGACAUCUCUAAUAGUGAUAACUGUCCAGAAGAAUUUGCAGAAUCCAUGUGUCAAGAAUUAGAAUUACCUGGCGAGUUUGUGACUGCCAUUGCUCACUCCAUAAGAGAGCAGGUUCAUAUGUAUCAUAAAUCGCUGGUACUGUUGGGUUACAAUUUCGAUGGGUCAGCAAUAGAAGAUGAUGACAUUAGAAGCAGAAUGCUGCCAACGAUCACCCUUGAUGAUGUUUAUAGGCCUGCAGCGGAAAGCAAAAUUUUUACCCCAAACCUAUUACAGAUUUCAGCUGCAGAAUUAGAAAGAUUGGAUAAAGAUAAGGAUAGAGAUACCAGAAGGAAAAGAAGACAAGGUAGAUCUAAUAGACGUGGUAUGCUCGCACUGUCUGGUACAUCAGCAAAUAGUACGUCUAUGAAUGGCGCCCACAACACAGCAGCAGCAGGGAAUGUUUCAUCGUUGCCACCAGGAGAGAUUUUGCUGCCAGAUAUUGCAGAUAUUCCACGAACCUUUAGGACUCCAGUACCAAGUACUUUAAUGCCCGGUGGUGUUGACGUAGGUCCCUCUGUGGAGUCGUACGAAUUAAGAAACACAACUACGUAUAAAAGCCGGCCAGAUAGGCCCAAUCCGGUUUCACUCCCUUGCUAUAUUAUUGACCAUAUUCCAGGACACUCGCUAUUACUUUCUAUCAAAGUACCCAAGAAAGAUAACACCAUGGAAGAGCUCGCUGCAGCGGCAAACGACGCAAAUAGCAGCACCAAUCCAAUGCUUCCAAGUCCAGAGUCGCUGAAAGCUAAAUUGAAUAAUAACAUUCGCGCUGGGGUGACCAUUUCUUCAAUUCCAAACCCGAUUGCCAAUCGCGUUGUCAUUAAUCCCCCCAAUCCAACAUUACAGCCAGUGAUCCCAGUUGGAGCGGCUAGUAAAUCGGUGCCAACACCCAGUGCGCCCAUGCCACCUCCAGUAGCAUCUCAUGAUAGUGAAACAACAUUAUCAACCAAUGAUAUUAACAGUAGUAGUAACAGCAAUACACAGAACACAUAG